GUCUCGCGCAUGCCUGACACCGCCUCCGUCUAUAAGUAGCCAGCGCGAGCCCACCGCCGGUCUUCUCUUACGUCAGUCGGGCGAGUUGCUGUCUCAGCGGAGCAUCCUCUCAAAUAAAAGUCAUGGAAAAGCUGCAGGAGCGCACCUUCAUUGCCAUCAAGCCUGAUGGUGUCCAGAGAUGCCUCAUCGGUGAGAUCAUCAAGAGGUUCGAGCAGAAGGGCUUCAAGCUGGUGGCCAUGAAAAUGCUUCAACCGUCCGAGGACCUCCUGAGGCAGCACUACGCCGACCUGAAGGAACUUCCCUUCUUCGCCGGGCUGGUCAACUACAUGAGCUCUGGCCCCGUGAUCGCCAUGGUGUGGGAAGGACAAGAAGUGGUGAAGACGGGCAGAGUGAUGCUGGGUGAGACCAAACCUCAGGAGUCCAAGCCCGGAACCAUCCGUGGAGACUUCUGCAUCGAUGUUGGCAGGAACAUCAUCCACGGCAGCGACUCGGUGGAAAGCGCCAACAAGGAAAUCGCUCUGUGGUUCAAGGAGGAUGAGCUGGUGACCUACACCAGCUGUGCCUUCAGCUGGCUCUACUGAGCAUGACCACAAAUCUGCCUGUCACCUCAACACCUGAGGAAGUAGCUGACGUUCCUAAACUCAUCCCUUGCUUGGACUUUCUGGUCCGGAUUGGACUCAUUCCUGAGGCAUAGAAACAUUCCUGUCCUCCUCCCAUUUCCAGUGUGACCGAUUUGUCUGGUUUCCAAUAAAAACCCAUUGUCUUGUU